GCAAGGGCUGGCCCAGUUCCAUUCCCUUCAUCCCCCUUCUCUGUCCAGGGCUCCUGCCCUACCUCAGCCUAGGCCUCAUGACUUCCCCUCCCCCACUCAGCCUGUGGCUGGGAAGGGGAGGUCUGAACUCUUUACUGACCGGAACAAAAGAGAGAGUUCCUCUGGUAGUUCUCUGCUUUUAACCUCCUGUGUUCUCAGAGGCAUGUCCAUGUCUUCAGUGGUUACACCAGGUGUGAAUAUUAAAAUCUGACCACUGAUUGGUUUGGCUAUAACUCCCCAAGAAAACUCACUUCCUUGUCAACCUAUGACACAUAUUUAAGAAAAAAUCAAAACAAAGUUUGGGGAGCAGUUUUAAUUCCAGCUAGAAAAAAGGAGGAGGUGAGAACAUGUGAGGGAAACAACCUGGAGAUACCAAGGUCAGUGGAGAAGGAAGGGGAGGAGGUGCUCCAGGUGCUGGAGUCAAGAUUCCUCUGCAGGCCAUAGUGGUGACCAUGGUGAAGCAGGUUGUCCCCCUGCAGCCCAUGGGAUCCACAGGGGAUGCAGAGAUCCACUCAGCUCAUGGAGGAGAUGCCCACACUGGAGUGGGUGGAUGCCUGGAGGAGGCUGUGGACCAGUGGGAGACCCAUGGACAGAGGGGGCCCUUCUCCCAGGCUGGGGCAGCCUGUCCUUAGAGGACUGCACCCUGUGCAAGUGACCCACACCACAGCAGUUUUGGGAGGACAGCUGCCUGUGUGAGAUUGGCACCAUGUCGAAAAGGUUUGUGGAGAACUGUCUCCCAUGGGAAGGACCCCCCCACAGUGCAGCAGGGGAAUGACUCCUCUCCCUGAGCAGCAGAAGAAAACCUUAGGUGACGAACUGACCAAAACCCUGUCUCCCUUUCCUGUCGGUGGGAAGGAGGGAGGGGUUGGGAGAAAAAGAAGUGUUUUUAAGGCCUUAUUUUACUUCUCAUUAUCCUCCUCUGAUUCUGUUAGUAAUAAAUUCACUUAAUAUCUCUAAGAGCCUGUUUUGCCCUUGAUGGUAAUUGAUGAGUGUUUUCUCCCAAUCCUUAACUCAUGAACCCUUCAUUAAAUUUUCUCUCUUCUGUCCAGUUGCAGAGGAGGGUGAGUGAGCAGCUUUCAUAGGUGCCUGGUGUCUGGCCAGUGCCAAAUCACGACAUGCUAUGUAGUGAUCCAAGGCAGGCUUGUCUGCAGUGAUCAUGAGAUGGUGGAAUUUGAGAUCCUCAGGGCAGUGAGGAGGGCAUGCAGCAAACUCACUGCCUUGGAUUUCAGGAAAUCAGACUUUGGCCUCUUCAAGGACCUACUUAGUAGAGUCCCAUGGGAUAUAGACCUGGCAGGCAGAGAGGCCCAAGAAUUCUGGCUGAUAGUCGAGGAUCGCUUCCUCCAGGCUCAGGAGUGACAUAUUCCAACAAGGAGGAAAUCAGGCAAAAAUUCCAGGAGUCCUCCAUGGAUGAAUAACGAGCUGCUGUGAGCAAACUCAGAGCAAAAAAAAAGAUUUCAGAAGGUAGAAAUGAGGACAGGUAGCCUGGGAGGAAUACAGGGAAAUUGUAUGGGAAGCUAAGGAUAAAGUCAGGGAAGCCAAGGCCCAGUUAGAAUUGAGUCUGGCCAGGGAUAUCAAGGGAUAACAGGAAGAGAUUUUAGAGGUAUGUUGCAAACAAAAAAAAAGACUAGGGAUAAUGUGGGCUCUCUCCAGAAGGAAACGGGAGGCCUGGCUGUCCUGGAUAAAGAGAAGGCUGAAGUUCUCAAUGACUUCUAUGCCUCAGUCUUCAGUGGCAAAUGGUCUAGUCAUGCUGCCCAAGUAAUGAAAGGCAAAUGCAGAGACUGGGAGAAGGAAGACCAUAAGCCAACUGGAGAAUCAGGUUCAAGACCAUCUAAGGAACCUGAAUAUGCACAAGUCCAUGGAACCUGAUGAGAUUCAUCCACAGGUCCUGAGGGAACUGGCAGAUGAAGUUGAUAAGCCACUAUCCAUCAUACUUGAGAAGUCAUGACUGUCAGGUGAAGUUCCCAAUGACUGGAAAAUGGGAAAUAUAACCCCCAUUUUUAAAAAGGGGAAAAUGGAAGACCUGGGGAACUACAGACCAGUCAAUCUCACCUCUGUGCCAGGUAAGAUCGUGGAGCACAAUCUCCUGGAGACUAUGCUAAGGCACAUGGAAAACAAAGAGGUGAUUGGUGACAACCAACAUAGCUUCACUAAGGGCAAAUCAUGCCUAACAAAUUUGGUGGCCGCCUAUGAUGGGGCUACAGUAUUGGUGGAUAGGCAAAGCAACUGACAUCAUCUACCUGGACUUGUGCAAAGCAUUUGAUGCAGUCCUGCAUGACAUCCUUGUCUCUAAACUGGAGAGACAUGGAUUUGAUGGAUGGACUACUCAGUGGAUAAAGAACUGGCUGGAUGGCCACAUGCUAAGAGUUCUGGUCAAUGGCUCAUUGUCCACAUGGACACCAGUGAUGAGUGGUGUCCCUCAGGGGUCAAUGUUGGGACUGAUACUGUUCAACAUCUUUGUUGGGGCCGUGGAUAGUGGGAUCGAGUGCACCCUCAACAAGUUCACUAAUGACACCAAGCUGUGUGGUGCAAUCAACACACUGGAGGGAAAGAAUGCCAUCCACAGGGACCUGGACAGGCUUGAGAGGUGGGUCUGUAGAAACAUCAUGAAGUACAACAAAGCAAAGUUCAAGUUCCUACACCUGGGUCAUGGUAAUCCCAAGCACAGAAUCAAAAAAUGGGUCAGGUUGGAAGAGACCAGUGGGCCAUCUGGUCUGACCUCCCUCCUCAAGCAGGGUCAUCCUAGAGUACACGACACAGGAUUGCACCCAGAUGGCUCUUGAAUAUCUCUGGUGAGGGAGACUCUAGAACCUCUCUGGGCAAUCUAUCCCUGUGCUCAGUCACCCACACAGUAAAGAAGUUCUUCUUAUCAUGUUCAGGUGGAUCUUUCUGUGUUCCAGUUUCUGCCCAUUGCCUCUUGUCCUAUUGGUUGGCACCACCAAGAAGAGCCUGGCUCCAUCCUCUUGACACCCUCCCUUCAGAUACUUAGAGACAUUGAUGAGGUCCCCUCUCAGUCAUUCCUUCUCGAGGCCGAACAGGCCCAUCUCCUUCAGUCUUUCAUCAUAAGAGAGGAGCUCCAUGUCUAUUGUACUGAGGAGCCUAGAACUGGACACAGCACUCCAGAUUAGGGCUCACCAAGGCUGAGUAGAGGGGCAAGAUCGCCUCCCUUGACCUGCUGGCAAUGCUCUUCCUAAUGCAUUCCAGGAUUCUGUUGGCCUUCUCGGCCACACUGUCGUGGGUCAUGGACAGUUUGCUGUCCACCAGGACCCCCAGGUCCUUCUCCACAGAACUGCUUUCCAGCAGGUCAGCCCCCACCCUGUACUGGUACCCAGGCUUGUUCCUCCCCAUGUACAGGACCCUGCACUUGCCUUUGUUGAAUUUCAGACAGUUCUUUUCUGCCCAUCUCUCCAAACUGUCAAAGUCCUUCUGAAGGGCUGCACAGCACACUGGGGUAUUGACGACUCCUCCUAGUUUUGUAUCAUCGGUGAACUUGAUGUCUGAAACAACACAUUGAAAUAGACAAAUAGGCUGUAUACUUAGCAUAACACAUGCUAAGGGUGCAUGUUAAAAGUAACAGCAGGAAACAAAAAAAAAAGUAUUAUUUAAUCUACUGUAUCAAUAACAUUCUUGUGAAUAUUUUCUACAUUAAAUUUUUAGAAACAUCUUAAUUUCACUGACAUGGUUGCAAGAAUUUAUUAAGCUAAGUUAUAACUGAACCCCCUUCCCUCCAAAUUAUUAUCACUUUGAAAUUACGGGGCUUUCAGGCAAAUAUAUGGGAAAAGAAAUACCAGUUCUUUACAUAUAUAUAUAUAUAUAUAUAUAUGUAUGUAUAACAAGGCAAACAAACAACCACAGUAGCAGCAACAAACAGAAAAGAAACCCAGAAACCCAACCACAGCCUUCUCUCAGCUGUCAGGCACAUUCCCCUUUGGUAUAGUUAUGGUCACAGCUGGCAGGGGCACUGGUGGCUCCCAGCUGGGCAGGGCAGGUGUGAUGAUUCCCUCGUGGCUGCAGAGGGCGCUGUGGCACAAGCUCAGCCGCCUCUCUGCACAUGGGUAAUGGAAGCUCAGUCAGCGGAAGAGAUAGAAUAAAGGGUUUCCUUUACAAACUGUCUGGGGCAAUCAAUUCUGGUGCUCCUCCGGAUGGCAGAAUGGGCUGUAGUAGGAACCUCGGAACAGCAGGCACCUUGGAGCAGCAGGCUGGAACAGCAGAGCCUCCUCCAGGAAAUGUGACAAUGACUCAUGUACCCAGUACCCAGCCAGCUAUAAUGAAACCAACAGAAGAAUCACCUGCUUACACACAAAUUUCAAAGGAGCAUGCCUUGGCCCAGGCAGAACUGCUAAAGCGUCAAGAAGAACUGGAAAGAAAAGCAGCUGAAUUAGAUCGCAAAGAAAGGGAAAUGCAGAGUGUCAAUCAGCAAGGGGGGAAAAAAAAAUAACUGUCCACCUCUUCCUGAGAAUUUUCCAGUAGGUCCGUGUUUCUACCAGGACUUUUCUGUAGACAUUCCUGUAGAAUUCCAGAAGACAGUAAAGAUUCUGUACUAUUUGUGGAUGUUCCAUACAGUGACACUGUUUCUUAAUAUCUUUGGAUGUUUGGCCUGGUUUUACAUUGAUGCUACACGAGGGGUUGAUUUUGCAUUGAGUAUCCUCUGGUUCUUGCUUUUUACCCCUUGUUCUUUUGUCUGCUGGUACAGACCACUUUAUGGAGCUUUCAGUUUGCUGUACAUGUACUUCAAGCUGCAGGAUUUCAAAGAUGGGGAAACUGUGGGUGGAUUUCGUCUCUUACUAGUCUUAAUAAGAGUAUCCCUGUUGGCAUUAUGAUGACAAUCAUAGCUGCACUUUUCACAGCAUCUGCUGUUAUUUCAUUAGUUAUGUUUAAAAAGUGCACUUAUUUCUGCAAACUAAAAUGGGGAAGGAUAGCUUUGAAUAAGAGAAGCUGGGAGGUGAGCCCACAAUUAAAGGGUGCAUGGUCUCUACCGCACUACUGGCGCUAGUUUUGAGAAAGCACAGCAGGAGUUUGCAACAGGAGUGAUGUCCAACAAAACUGUACAAACUGCUGCAGCCAAUGCGGCAUCAAGAGCAGCAACCAGUGCAGCUCAGAAUGUGUUCAAGGGCAACUGAAUUGAAUGUAGAGAAAUACAAAAAAAUCAUGACAGUUCUCUUCCAUUGUACUUUAUUUUCCAGUCACUUAUUAUAUUCCUUAAAAACAUAUAUCAGGAUACACAGCGCAUAGUUGUUUCUUCUGCAGCAGUGCACAGGUAAAAUGGGAAAUGUUUGUUUAUUUUAUAAUAAACUUGUUUAUUUUUGACAGAUAUCCAUUCUCUGUUGUAUGAUGCUUUUAUCCCCAAUCGUCUGUUCUGUUUAUGCUGAAUAAUAAGUUUUACACCUUUAAGACUUGUUCCAGAAAGUGAAGGGGGGAGAGAAGAAGUGUGCAGUUUGUUUUCAGACACUGCACUCACUCCUCCAUAUUCCUGCUCGUAGACUGUGCUGUCUGCAGAUGGACAGACAGCGAGACAGAGCUCUCCUUUGUUUUAGAUAGUUUUAGCUAGCUGAGGAAAAGAAGUUCCCUGGACUGUCGAUUUUUCCCCCCUUUUCUUUGGACCUGUUCAAACCUGCUCUGGACUGAACACCCAAAGAAGCACCAGCAGCUCGCACCUGUGGCCCACCGGGCUGGGCCUGGGCCAUGGCAUUUCUAGCACCGGAAGGACAAUAAGAGACUGAGUGAGCCAAGCUGCAACCCAAGGAGGGGACUUUUCUGAGUUUGUAAUCUCUUUUAGAGCAGAAAGAGGGUUUUAUUGUUUAAUAUUGUUUAGGUUUUAUUUAAUAAACAGUUUUUUCCACUUUUCUCCAAGGAGGUAUUUUUCCCGAACCAGUUAGGGGAGGGGCCAAUUGAAUCUGCUUUUCUAGAGGAACCCCUUUGGGGGUUCUCUCCCCAAUUUGUCCUGAACCAGGACAUCUGUGCUUAUUUAAAAUGUUGCAUUUUGGAAUAAUAAGCUUUCCUUAUUUAGGGAGGAUAAGUGAUUUCAACAACUGAAUGAGAAUGAAUUGUGGUAUAUAAUGAUCAAAUAUAAUAUAUUAAGAAUUUGGAGGGGUUUUUAGUGGUUCAUCUUGGUGGGUUUUUUUAAACUUCAGGAAAGGACAUUGGCUAAAUUGUUUUUCUUUGUAAGAACUGUUCCCUUUUUCUGCUAUAAAUGGGGUAGACUGAGAGAUGUAAAAGGUCUGGUUUGGCUAUGCUUUUGCAAUUUCAGCAGCUGCUGGAGGACAAACACAAGUAGUAUAGAUAUAAAUUAUUUUCUUGGGAUUGUUUAGGAUAAGUCUUUCCAUAUAGACCUGUAAUUUUGCAUGAAUACUGUAAUCUGUACUUGUUUAAAUAGUGUUUUGGUCCAGAAUUUGCCUGCACAAAGUUAUAUAAUUUGUUUGUAUCUAUUUUCAUGGGGUAUUCUCUACCUGUGAGAAAUUACUAUGACGCAGAAACAUUCUCUGUAAUAGAAUGUGCAAUGUACUGUAUAGUUUAAGGAAGUUAACUGAUGGUUUCAAUCACACAUCUAAAUUAUUAUAUAUUUUCUAUUUUUAAUUUCAGUAUUCAUGUCUUGGGGUAGUAAUUUUGUUGAAACAAAUAUUGACCUCUAGAACACUAGUUUCAUGCCACACUUCCCUCUUAAAUGCAGUGGUAUUUUUGUUGUGUUUGGGAUGUGUAGAUUUGUAUUUAACAGUGAUAGUAAAUCUCCUGCCUUAUCAGUCACAAUGUUUGCUGCUUGUCCAAAAAUCUAAAUAUACAGUAUUUAAUUUCCUAAAAUAAAGCUUUUUAAGCAAUGGCAUUUAACAGAUACAUGCUUUCAUUUUAAUUUAACUCAGCUAUUUCUGUGAUUUCUUUUAAGAUGGAAGGAAAAACAACUUUUAAACUUUUGAAUUAGAAAAGUGAGAAAUCUUCAUCUUUCACAAAGCUAAUUUUAGCUCAUUGAACUGGAGGCCUAAGAGGUUAAAUUGGUGCUGUGGAACUGAACAAUCCAUAAUGGUGCAUGCUAUCAAAAUAUUCUACAACUGAAUCAGGUCUCUAUGAAGUGAUGUUUCUUUCCUUUGAAGGCUAUUUGAUAUUCUUGGAUUGCCUCAUGAGUCUUAUGCACAAUACUUGGGCUUUUUUUUUAAACUGUUUUCAAAAAUUAAAACAGGAAGGGACCUCAUUCACAACCUUUAUAAGUACACACUGUAGAUUAAAUGAAUUCAGCUCUUAAGGUGUAUUACCUUUAGUAAAAGGUAAAAAUUCUGAGGCCCCUCCAUGUUCUGAAUGUGAACAGACUUUGAUUGAUCCUUUUUCACUGCAGUGUAUUUAUAAUAGCAUAAUAGUAUUGCAAAAAAAGAAAACCUGUUGCUUAAUCCCCUGAUCAGGACUGUACUGUUAGCAUGAAGUGCCUACUACUAUCCUUUCUUUUACCAGUUCCAUGAAAUCCAUCUUGAAUUUGGAUUAAUGCAGUAGUUUCACCUAUGCUGAAGUUUAUAUUAACGAAUAUACUUGUUUCUAAAUAUUCUCUGCAUCAUUAAGUUAAAAUUAAUUUAAAUAUUCUGUGUAAUAGGGGCUCUAAAAUUCUAUGCUAACACUAAACUUAAAUUUGGGUGGAAUGUUAUUAAACACUUUCCAGACAGAAGUCACAAUUUUCUGUUGAGAUCAAGCAUCACACCUCUAGCAGCUGUAUAUCAAAAUUGUUCUUUUCAUAAUAUUUUUUAUUUAACUUGAGGGUUGUAUCUAGGAACUCUACUAUGGAUUACUUUUGAGCUGAAUUUAAGAAAUUCUCUUGGAUAUCUUUUGGAUAUGAAUCCCAGGGACAUCAUCUUUGCAAUGUAAUUUAAGUUCUAAGAUUGCAUAAUAGCAUACAUUACCAGAAUAUAUUAAUAUAUUAUGAAAGAAUCAUUAGGAAUAAAACCUGAAUUUGACAGGUAUAUUCCCUCCUCCCCCUCAAAGUUUUUAACCUCCUAAUUGAAAUUCAAGGUUCAAUUACAUGUGAAUUAUUUAAACCAGAAAUCUCUGAUGCUUUGCAGCCCUAAAGGGAGGGAGAUGUUUGAGUUUACCUUUGACAACAGAAGGCUGAUAUUUGUUGGAAUAUUUUGUACCUAACUAAAACUAGAUUUUACAGUCUUAUUAAUUAAUCAGAGUAUGGUACCCACUUAAGUUGUCAUUUUGUCGUAUUGUGGCAAAUUGAGUUCAUAGUAUGAAGUUUAAACGCUAGAAUGUCUGUAGUCAUUGAUCUGUAAUUUAGGAGUUGGUUUCAUUUAUCUGGGGGGUGUUUGUAUAUUUUGUAAAUUACUAACAAUGCUCUGCCAUCCUAGUGAAUGUCAUAGUUCUCUUCAAAUGAACUUCUGUCCGUCUGUUGCAUGUCUGAGUAAUUCAGAAGCUUUGUAUAUUUAUUGUAUUAACCCAGUGUCAUAGAAUAAAAAAAGAUUUCUUUUUCUGAA